AGACAGGAGCUGCAAAACAAAGACUGUUUUGCGCCUGCAUUUGCUUUUUCUCCAAAUUCAUAGUUGGCGUCUACCAUUUUCACCGCGCAGGCACGCUUCUCUUCGAAACCCAUUUGCAUUGCUUUCCGGCACUUUUGGGAGCACGGAAGUACCUUCAAAUUUGUGUGUGCUGUUACGGCCGCGGGAAAGAAUAAUGUCGUCUCCGCCAUCACUGGAACACAUUGCCAGCGGACCUUCCGCGGAGGAAGCGGAGGAAGAAGAGCUCGGGAUGCUUUCAUCUUCCUCAUCCGCCACAAUAACUAAAAGAAUACCCAGCAAUGGCAAGGAAGGCAGCAGCAAUACUUCCGCCUUUGCGAGAGGAUCUCCGCACGGGAGGCGGGACGAUAGAGCUGUGAAUGGAGAAACGGACGACGAAUUUGCGAUUGACAUUGCCUUCGUGUCGACGAAAGGCCCCAAGCAGCGUUCGAACUUGGGAGCUUUUGCGCUACCGACUGCAAGCAGCUCGACGUCUAGUUCCACGCAGAUUCACCGUCAAGGAACACACGGAUCUGGUGGGUUUGGAGCUUCUUCACAAGCGACUUUCAACGUGACAACUAAGGCGUCGCUAGCAAGCAGAUACGAUUCAGGCGAGGGUGAGACACUCAACAAAUACAAGGGAUCCGAUAUUCUUGAUGACACAGAUCGUGCCAGCGAUGAGACGGAGUAUCAGGCAUGGAAAGCACGCGAUGCGCGACGGCGCAAAGACCUCCUGGCGUAGAUGAAAGGAUCUCAGUGGUUUUCUGUCUGCUCUUCUUGUGGGUUUAAUUGUACAGUAGCAACUAGGUUGACUAUUUUAAAUCACGCCUAAACAUCUGCCGAGCUGCUCGUCGGUUUAGUGAGGCGGCUGCGCUUUCAGGAAAAACGUGUAAAUUUACCCACGGUCGUUGCUAUUGGCUGUGUUUGGCGAUCUUGUGUCUCUUUCCUCGAGCUAUCAAAGAUGCAUGAAUUGUCGCACUGGCGUUGUAAAGGUACUGAUCGCCAUCAUGUUUGUUUUGCUACGUGUGCUCGACUGAUUUUUCUUCAGUUACUUCUUCUCUCGUUUCCGUAUCUCAUCCUUCGUUUACCUUUCUAUAUACUGCCUCGAUGCUUGAUCAGGCGAGAAGAGAAAGACGGCUUCGCAUCUCGCAGAAAGGAGGCUUUAUGUGUGUGCAAGUUUGCCGGCGGAUCUGCACGAACAGUUGCCUUCGGAGCGCUUCCCAUACAUAGAACUUUACUCCUCUCAUUUGCGCUGCAUGAAACGAAAGCCGAUUAUUCUUCUGGAUAAGGCCGCAGCAGGUAAAUUUAGUCCUGCAUUUGCUUCGGCUCUCUUGCAUGCAUCCUGCGAGAGCAACCGAAUACGCUUAUUAUUUUUACUAUUAGCUUCAAAUCAAACGUAGUUUCACAACCACUGUAGACACGGACGUACGACUUUUCAGCACCAAUAGAGAUAGAGCGCCCACACCGCAUAGAAUAGUCUCUCUUUUUUUUUCUCCUAGAAGAUCGUGACAUCGAUAGCUCAUAAAAAUAAAACAAACCACUCUACGCAACUCUCAUGUCUGCAAGAUGGCCCUCUUCGCUGCUCAACUCCACGAAUCAGCGGCUGACGGAGAGCAUUGAGCAACUUUCGGCCGAGCUAGAAAGUAAACGCAACACCGUUGCUGAGCUGCGAGAAGUGGUGGGGUUGCUGAAACGAGACCACCGACAGACCCGCCGACAAGAGAAAAACAUAUCGGAAGCAUUAGCGAGCAAACGGGAAGAGGUCGAGAAAGAUGAAGGGAAACUGAAGCAACUCACGCACGAAGUAGACGGAAACGCGCGCCGAGUUGGCCAGUUGAAAGCGGAAGAAGCGCGUCUUGGGUCUGCCGUCGCAGCACUGGAGGACACCAUGGAACACAGGCGACACAAACUUGAGGAGCAGCAGAAAACAGCUGCAGCCCUGGAGGAGGAAGUGAAGGCGAUUGUGCUUGCACAUCUUGCGCGGCAGCGUACAGGAGAGGAUCUAUCGGCAGCACAAAACGAGCUAUCCUCUGCUGUAUGGGGAAAGCUCGAACGACUGAACGAGCGCGCAAACACUGCAGCUCAGCAGCUUGCGGACGCUCGGACUGAACACCAUCACGUGCUCAGAGAACUAGAUGUCGUGCAGCAGCAGUUGCAAGAGGCUGUUAAAGAACAGUAUGAUAGCGUGCACGCACUAGAGCUCGUCCAUGCUCAAACCUCGCAGCUCGACGCGCACGUGAUGACAAACGCCACCUCAAUGGAAACUUUAAAGCAGGCGAUGCACGAAAAGAAAGAGUUGCGCGAUGAAAUGCGCCUUUCUUUGGACCGGUGUCUCGCCGACAACACACAGCGUGCCGUCGCCCGCGAUCGUCAUCGAAGCCGGUACGAUCAGCAGCUACACGCGCUUCGCCAACUAGUGGAGAGUAUUCGUGGAGGGGAAGCUCAUUUGGCAGGCUGCAAAGGUCGUCGACACGCGGAGGAGCACUUUUUACACCAACAACGCCGCGAGCUCGACCACAUUGUGAACCUGUGCGAGGAGAAAACGUCCUUACUGGAGGUUGCGAAAGCACGGCACACGGCGCUCGUUGAGGCGCGCGCGCUGCUGGAUAAACAGCUGGAAUUCGACACGCCAUCAUCGGCUGCGCUGCGCAACUUAAUUCUAUCGCUCUCUCGGCAAAAGGACCUGCUGGAAGACCGUCUCGAGCGCGCACAGGUGCGGCUGGCAGAGGCGAUUCAGCUCUUUGUGCAGGAGGGCCGCAAAGGCGAUCAAGUCAACGAAGUUCUCGCGGAGAAACAAAAGAACUGGAAAGCGCUAAGUGAGUCUCAAGACACCACAGAGCGCGAGGUGCACCUUUUGAAGCAGCGGUGUGCCCAGCUGGAAGACGUUUUGAGUGAGCAACGCGCCUUGCUGCCUUCCAUGCAAACACUCGCGCAGGAGCAGCGGGCGCAGCGGCAGGAGUCACGGUUGCGGGACAUCGAGCAGCUGCGGGCGGCCCUCCUGCGGUCACGACGCGAACACCAGCAACUUCUGCAAGGCGUCACGACACUCCGCAGCAGUUUAUAUCGGUCUCGAAAGAGCCUGGAGAAUGGCGACGUAUCGCAGUCUACCAUUAUAGAGGAGUUGCGUCUGUUGGACGGAGAGGUGGCUGCCUUAGAACAAGAGCAGCGUACUACCACCGAGGCGCAGCGAAGUGCGGCUGCGCAGUUUGAACAGGCCAAUGUGACGCUGCAGUCAUUGAUGAAGGCGGCAGAUGUGCAAGUUGGCGUGCUCAAGGAAGCGGCCGGUGUGGAGUCGUUUCUUCGAGCUGAGGUGCAGAUCAAAGAGGAGCAAAUCCAGGCCGAAAUGCAAGGCCGUCUGGUGGAACUGCAUUUACACGAAAAUGAGCUGCACGAGCUGAAUGAGGAACUGCAGCGACACAGCAAGAAACUCGGCCUGCUUCGCUUGCGCUACGAUGAGGUGAUGGCGUCGCUCGCGCGAGCCUCACAAAAACCUCUCAACGAGGAGCAGAGUGACGCGUCGUUGUCACUGCCGUCUCUGAAGCCAGUCGCCGCCAGCAGCAACCCAGAAACCGUGCAUGCCCAUCUACUGCUGCGGCGCUCCUUUGAGAGAGAGCAGCUUAUGCAGCGUGGGAAUUAUUUGGACCUUCGCUUAGUGGCGCUGGACCGUGAGACCAGCACACUGCGCCACAUGCUUGACGGUCUGCGCGCUUCUUCGUCUUCUACGUCCGAUGCGGCGUCUCGUAUUGACGGCGCGGCAGCCAGUAAGGCGGUGACAUAUCCUACGGAAAAGACAAAACAACGCGGUGUUAUGGCGGUCGAGAACGAGAACGCGUCGCCGGUACCCACCGCAAAGUCUUCGUGCUCGCCUGCUACCAUGAAAGACGAACUGGUGAACAGUGCCCUUUCAAAAGAGCAUUAUUGGAAGAUGGAGUUGGAUCUGCUUGAUGAAGCCGUUGCUGCGAUGACCCACGAGCGUGAUCGAACGCGAACGCAGCUGAAUGAGCUUCGUUCUACCUUAAAGGAGUUGCAAAAUACCGAGAAGCAGAGGCGAAUGCGUUUGCAAAAGUUGCGCGAAUUAUGGGAGCGCUCGCAGAAAAGCGCCAACGCAGCUGCGAUGAAAGGCAUCAGGUGA